AAAUCACCACAUUUAUUUUUAAAAAUUUUCAAAAUGUAUUUUGAAAUACCGAAUGUAACAAAAUGUUGUUUUUGCAUACCAUUACGAUAUGGAUUACUUGCUUGGGCGUAUUUUAAACUUGCAUGGUGCGUCUUCUUAACGACACUGAUUUCUAUAAAAUUAUCAACGACAAUUGAAAAGAGACAUUUUGCAAUCGAAUUGUCAAUACCAUUGUUGUACUGCUUGAGUCUUGUCAUUGAAUUCAUUAUAACAACAAUUUUCAUCAUUGGAGCGCAUAAGAAAAACCCUAAAUUACUAAGGGUGUACUACAUAUAUGGAAUGGUCUUUCUUGGAAUAAUUUUCCUGCUCUGUCUAUUAGUUGUGGGUCUCUCGAUAUUCGAGUAUAUAUCGUACAUGAGAUUUUCAUUCAUAGUACAAAAUAUUUACGAGACAUCGAUAUUUGGAACUGGAGUAAUAUUGUUCAAUUUGUACCUAUUGUCGUUGGUACGAAGCGAGAUUUUGAAACUUGAAAAUAACACACAAUUUAGUUUCCAAAAUAUUCAAAACGAGCCGACGUGCAUUAUGGAAAAGAUGGAUGUUUGAACUUGUAGUUAAUUAAACAUU